CGUCACUUCCCGUCUUCCUGUGCGCCAUGUUUUCCAGAAAGAGCGGACUAGUGUUUCACUGAGGUGGACACAAAAGCGUAAUAAAUAAAUAAAUUAAUUAAAAAUAAUAGUAAUAAUAAUAAUAAGCUAGGCCUGAUGUUUUUACACAAUCCACAUUACAGCCGCGCGCGACUGGAAACGUGAAGAUUCAAAACCAUCAUACUGCGCGCGCGCCUCGCGGUGACGCCGGAAGACAACACACGCAGCCGAAAAGCAUCAAAACUCGACCGCCUUCCUCCUCCUGAGCGGACACUGAAGGUAGAGAGACGGACUGUCUCUCACUCACACACACCGCCCAGUUACAGACAGCGUCAGUGGGACAUUAUAGGAAGCUGAGCGUCAGUGUUGCAGCAGGAAUAUUGAGUGUUUUCUCCAGUCCGUGUUGGACUCACCGCGGCGCAUCAACUUCACAUCCACAGCAGGCCCUUUCCCCAGCUGCUGGGACUUCAGGGGCUACCGAUGGACAAGUAGCUCGUGGAGUUCAUUCAUUAGAGCACUUUGAUUCUCAUUAUUGGAACUAUAUUAUAAGCUCCUCUACGAAUGUCCACGUCAUUUUUAUGAGACGUUUUCACGUGAGCAAAACUAGCGGACGGUUCUGCGUUACAUUACGAGCCUGUAUUCACUUUUAUCGCCAGCAACAAAAUGUAUCAAGUGCCAGUGAAUGAUUUGGCAAAACUCCGAAGAUCACGAAAAAAGGUGAAGAGUAUUCUGUGCGACAUUGCGCUGCAGAAUUGUCAGGACUUGAUAGAGGAAUACAAACCUUUCGAUGCCGGCGAGGCAAGUUUCAACAACACCGAGUGGAGCGAUUUCACCGAUGGGCAUGUUGGCAAGAUGCGGAAAAAGUGGAAAUAUCGGAGGGAAUCACUGUGCUGCAGCCUGUGUUGGUUUUCCACGCGGUCUUUUAACACCUACAGAAGUCACAUAAUGCGGUGUCAUAGGGAGGAACUAGACCUCGCAUCACUUUUAGCCUGCCCCAGUUGCCCUUUUGUCAGCCGCCCAGAAACCAUAAAUCAGCACCUCAAGUAUUUUCACACCAUGACUCAAAAAGCAACAUUAACUCCCACCAUGUCAGUUAUUCAGCCGCCUAAGACUGUAACCCUCACGACCGCUUGCGACCUGGCCGACGAUAGGUACAUGUGUGUGAACUGUGGCUAUUCUGACUCUUUACUUUAUGUGAUGAAGAAACACGUUUUGGUGAACCACUAUGCUACGUUGUUGAACCGUUACUUUGGGCACAGGUUGGAGAGUGUCCAAAACACAGUCGGUCCAAACAAAAGUGCCAGAGUUCUGAAUUCUAAGUAUUACUGCAAGGAGUGUAAAUUGCCAGCAGAGACCAUAGAACAUCUCCUGUAUCACAUUUUGAGCUCGGACAAGCAUAAGGAUCUCCACUGGCAUAUUAUGCCGUUUAUCAGUGAAAAGACUGUCUCUGCUCAAAAUGCUGGGCGGGCGAACUUGCUGAAUUUUGUGACGAAUUUGAAUCAGGGCAGCCAUUUAAGAAUGGUCACCGGAUCCAACUUUGAGCAACAAGGCAAGCAAAUGAAAGCACAUUCGUUAGCUAAAUCUAAUGGCACGAUGCUCAUGGCAGGGCCAACCACCACAACAGGUCUUCUGUGCGCUGCUGGAGGGAGGCAGGUCUUCCUCUCCUCCCAGACUCCAGCUUUACUACAACAGCAGGCCUCGAGUGGGAUCCCUCAAGAUUUGACGACAUUGUCGUCCUCUUCGCUUGUUAAAUCUAUAAAUAUGGUGAUGCCAAAUAUGCCGAAUGCUUCUAAACAGGUACCCGUGGCCAUGGCAGUGCCUAGGCUUUCACAAUCUCAAUCAGCCCAACAGAUGCUUCUACCACCAGCAGUUCAGGUCAACCUCCCGGGCAAAACCGGUGUACGUCCACCCGUGCUUUUUACUCACAGGCUACAGCUAAACCAGUCUGCUCCCAGACAGCCCAUCUUAGCCUCUCAGUCUGUCCGUCUCAUUCCUACCGGCAACAAAGUGAAUGGCGUCCCAACGUACACUUUGGCUCCUGUUCAAGUUAACACUGUACCUGGCCAGCCCAGCGCUAGUCAAGUAGUGAACCGUACACCAAUAGUCGUGACACAGAACGGGCCUCAGUCUUCAAUGAUCAGUUCAUCAAAGGCUGCAGUAGUGCCUGCUAAGCCAGAACCUUCAGGUCCUAAAGAGGUACCACGUAAAAAAAUCCGACCAAACAAAUUGGCCGUUUUUGCGCCAUUCCUAAAGAAACAGAACGACGAUACUGUAAAAUGCCUGCGGUGCAAGGUUCUGUUGACGGAGCAGUGGAUCUUUCAGCAUUUGCUGCAUGGUUUGAGGUGCCUGUUUUGCCCUCUGAUGUUCUACUCCUUCAAGCAGAUCAUGGAGCACUCCAACAAAGAACACAGCUUGAAAAUAAAGAAAAACCGAGACUUCAUCAAAGGAGAGUACAAACUUGACUGCGAUGAUGAAGGCAAUAUUGAAUUUUCCACCUUCAGCUUGAAUACAGACGUGCCCAAAGACUUGCUGGAUAACCGAGAGCUCAACCUUGUGCUGGUCACUAGUGCUCAAGAGAAAAUCUACAUAAAGAUGUACCCAGACUCUGCGAAGGCUGUGUACCCACCUACACUGAAAACCAUACCUACAAUGUGUCCAUUCUGCCAGAUGAAGCUGCAGAGUUUGGAGGACUAUGAGCAGCAUUUAAAAAUAGUGCACCACAUUGUACCCACCAUCCACGCCAUACUGAAAUCUCCUGCCUUCAAGUGUAUCUACUGCUUUGGGGUGUAUUCAGAAAAGUCCACCCCCAAAACUAUUUCUAUCCACGUACAGCGCUGUCGGUGCGCUCCCAAGAGCGUCAAGGAAGCAGAGAAGCGUCUGAAUCCGGACACGACCGAGCAUGUCAAUGGUGAUAUGGUAAACGCCAUCCAGCAGAGUUUCCAGCCACACAUCAUAUUGAAUGCAGAAGAGAAGCAAUCUGCCAAAGAGAAGCCCAAGGCCGCUGAGAAAAACACCAACAGAAGCAUCAAGGUCUGCAAGAAUGAUGUUCGUGCCCCAGUCGAGCUCAUCAUGGACCCAUCAGGAAUGGAGAUGCAAUCUUUUGAGAACAGGAAAGAGUUCCUCACAAAGUACUUUCACAAUAAGCCCUAUCCAUCUAAAAUGGAGAUACUAACUCUCGCCGCCCGUCUGUGGUUGAACAAGACGGACGUGCUUCAUCACUUCGGUAUGAAACGGAGCAGAUGCAUGAAAACAAUCCAGAAGAGGAGAACUGUAGUACUACUGGGCUUCAACAUGAGUGAGGUGAAUAAAGUGAAACACAACCUUCUUAUUCCAGAGGUGGAGCCUACUAUCUGAAAAAAAUUUACAUAAAAAUGAUGAGAUACUGUAUGUAUGUAUGUAUGUAUGUAUGUAUGUAUGUAUGUAUGUAAGCAUGCUUAAGUUAGAAUCCGUGUUCAUUUAAAGUUCAGUGAUAUCGGAGGUGUCAAACUGUUCUGGACGGCCAUGUUAUAGCGUUUGACCUUCUCCAGCACACUCUGUUUAGGUCAUAAAGAGCUUGGUUAUUAGCUGAUGAUUGAAACCGCAUAUAUUAAAGUUAUGGCAGCACUAAACUGCAAUGAAUUGGAACCUUAGAGUUAAAACGUUCCAUGCUGAAGAUGUAAUUCUUGGGUUUGUGUAAGGUGUGUGUAAAUAAUUACAGAUAUAUGUUUGGGUACCAUUUAUGAUCUUCCUUAAGCCAGUUUGUAAGUUGGCGACUCUAAUGUUAGAUUUAUUUUUUACACAGCUAUUCUGUCAAAGUUCCUGUGUAUAUGGGGCCCCUGCCUGUACAUUCUUAUGUAAAAGUGCUUUCUGA